GGCCGGCGCACAGCGGUGACGUCAUCAACAUGGAGGAGUACGCCAGAGAACCUUGCCCCUGGAGGAUCGUGGAUGACUGUGGGGGAGCUUUCACGAUGGGUGCAAUCGGAGGAGGGGUGUUCCAGGCAGUCAAAGGGUUUCGAAACGCCCCUACUGGUAUUGGACACAGACUGAAAGGAAGUGCAAAUGCAGUGAGAGUAAGAGCUCCCCAGAUUGGAGGUAGCUUUGCCGUAUGGGGAGGGCUCUUCUCAACGAUCGACUGUGGUUUAGUUCGCUUGAGAGGGAAGGAGGACCCGUGGAACUCGAUCACGAGUGGAGCCCUGACCGGGGCCAUCCUGGCAGCACGCAGUGGGCCUUUAACUAUGAUGGGCUCUGCCAUGAUGGGGGGAAUUCUUCUGGCUCUCAUCGAGGGUUUCGGUAUUUUACUAACCAGAUACACAGCACAGCAGUUUCAGAACCCGGUUCCCUUUGCAGACGACCCUAGCCAGCUCCCUCCGAAGGACGGAGAGGAGCAGCCGGGCUCCAAGGGGCUGUUCUACUAGAAACAGGAAAGACUGGGGCCAGCUGUGGACGCAGUGAGUCAGACUGGAGCACGGGGUGGAAAUAGCAACCACUACAGUGGUGACAUGUAGCAGCACUUUGUUCUUGUACCUCAGGGACGCAUUGUUGUAAGUUUUUGUGUUUGUGAGUGAAUGUUUAUCUGUAAGCGAAGGUCCUUCUGACAAACCUCAUGUUUGCAACCAUCAGAAUCUCUUGCAACACUUUCUGCAUUCAUGUUGUUUGUGACAUUGCUGUUAACUUUCAGUGUUAAAUAUUCAGUUCUGCAGAAUACAGAAUGGCUUUAAUCAGGAAACUUAUACGCCACACAUAUAUGUUGGAAAUAGUUUGACAUUAACGUAUUUGCUUUGUGAACAAGGGGAGAGCAUCAGAACCAGUCUUGUGUACUUAUAUGUUGUAAAUCUGUAGCUGAAUCCAGCUUUUCAUAGACUGGGAUCAGGGGAACCAAGUUCCUUUACCUGCAAAGCUCAUAAAUGAAUGUGCAAAGUCUUACUUGUCUCGUCUUCACAAAAGCAGUUGUGCUUAAACGGGACUUUGCUGCUCUAUGAACAGUUAUGAGCUGGCUGGAUCUUCUCAUUUAACCUUUUUUUUUAAGAGAUGGAAAAUGUGAUUCUAAAAUGUCUAACAAAUUAUUUAUACUUGGACCACCAAAGAUUGUAUGCUUGGGCACAGAUCUGCUCAACAGUGAAGCCAGUGUUAUUAUGGCCACCAGAGAGCAAAAGGAAGGAUGUUGUAUUAUGUGGUAUUUCAUCAUGUUUGCUCAGCUGAUAAUAGUGGUGGUCUGCAAAAAGACUUUUUUAUUUUUGGUAUAUAAAGCAACACCAAGGAAUUUUAAAGUAAAAAUACCAGCUUCAGUUUGACUUGAAGAAAUCCUUACUCGUACAAAAGAGUUUAUUAAUCAAAACAAAAAAGUACUUACCGGUAUCUUUAUGAAGCAUCGUGUAGCUCUUCUAUGGGUGAAAACCACCAGAAGUAACUUGGGACUCUCAUCCUGGUCACCUUUCAUGAGAACUGCUUAUCGUUUUACAGCACUGUGUUACACAUCAACAAUGACUAUAAGAUGUAGUUAUCUUACAGCGCUACGUAAUAGCAGCGACAACUAAGAGAUCAAAAAAAAGUAAAGAUGGGAGGAGCGAGGAUGAAAGUGACCAAGCAAAAGGCCAAAAAUCUCCAUUGUUGUAAAAGUGACUCAACCCACUGGGCUAAAAACUGCAAAAGUUACUUUGUGAUACUUUUAAGUGUGAGCUGUGACAAUGAAUCCUAAAAACUGUAGUCUUAAAAUCCUCCGUGUGUCCAAAAUGACUUGGUAAAGGCUUUUCUUACAGUUCCUAUUCUUCGAUUAUUACUUUACCUGACAGCUUUUAUUGCUGUGGCAAAAAUGAGUCAACAUGGCAAUUGACUUAAACCUCUGUCUAUUCCAAUAAAUGUGUAUUGCAAUGAUUCUCAACCGGGGGGCCGCGGACCCCUAGUGGUCCGUGGUGUAAUUGCAAGGGGUCCGUGAUAAUAAAAUAUAUAUUUUUUAAAUAGAUCCUCUGACAUUCAUAGAAACAGAUUCAUAUUUUACUCAAAUGUGACCGAGACCUUUAUCUUCCUAAACUAAAGAGGGUAACAUGACCUUCUUUGACUCUUUACAAGUGUAAUUCGUUGUAGUUUAAUAAGAAAUCUGGCUCCCGUUUGCAUUGUUGAAGUUACUGCAUGACACUGUUAAUACAAACGUAACACGAUCUGCAUCCUUUUCAAGUUAUGAGCCCCCUAGUUUCAGUGGGAAUACUACGACGGAGUAUUAGGGCCAAACUAAGACAAAAAAAAAGUCAUAAUAUUUUGAGAAUAAAGUCGUAAUAUUACGAGAAUAAAGUUGUAAUAUUAAAUAUAUUAUAAAUAUAACUUCACAAGAUGCUCAAUAUUCCUCAUUUUAACACAGGGAGAAGAUGCUCUUCCUGUUAGAGUUCAAUAAUUUAUAUUCUCAUAAUAUUACAACUUUAUUCUCAUAAAUUAUGACUUUAUUCUCGUAAUGUUUAUUCUCGUAAUGUUACGACUUUAUUCUCGUAAUGUUACGACUUUAUUCUCGUAUUAUUACGACUUUAUUCUCGUAUUAUUACGACUUUAUUCUAUUACGACUUUAUUCUCGUAAUAUUACGACUUUAUUCUCGCAACAUUAUGACUUUAUACUCGUAAUUUUACGACUUUAUUCUCAUUAUAUUACGACUUUAUUCUCGUAAUUUCCAAUUUUAUUUUUUGUCUUAGUUUGGCCCUAAUACUCCGUCGUAGGAAUACACCCUUCAUUUCUUUAAAAUGCUUUUAUUGUGAAGUAUUUGCAGGAAGCUUGAUCAAUGACAAAUUUGAAGGGGGUCCAGGACCCCAAAAAGGUUGAGAACCACUGGCUUACGGCACUAUGUCACACAUCAACAAUGACAAAUGAAGGUCAUGGAGCUACGGUGGACAUAACGGCAGAAGUGAUUAAGACACUCAAAUAAAGUAAUGAUGGAGGAGGAAAUGAGAGAGUGACAGAGUAAGAGACCAAACAAGAGUAAUCCUAGAUGAAGGUGAAAGCGGCUUAACUUCUAUUAGGGGUUAGGGCAUUGAGCUAAACAUGACAAAGGUUCCUUUGUGCUGCUUUAAUUUAUUACAUGAAUUACCACAAUCACAUCAUGUAUAGAAAUAGAUGUUUGAACAUGUUCUUGCUUCAGUUAGUUUUUUAGCACUUUAGCAAACCUCCCUUUGCACUUUAAUUUCUGCUGUACCAUUGAGUAAUGUAGUACUUUUUAAACUAGAAGACUCUCUUCUCUUAAACUAGCGAAGACAAUGUUGUUCACAGUUUACAGUCAAACUCUGUAUAGAGAGAAUGUUUAUUUUAUUAAAACAUAUUUAUUGUAAAAGAAAAAUCAUAACAACAAUAAAGUUAUGACAUGCUAU